AUGAGUGAGUCAAACAGCUCUCACGACAAGGAUCUGCUCAAUCGAGACAUUCUCAUCCAUCACGUCUUUCCUCUGCUCUCCCCGGAGGACAUCAAGAACGUUUCUCUCACCAACAAACAACUACACGAGGCAGCAAACUCACCCUCCGUUUGGCACGAUCUGUAUCUCAAAACGUUUGGAGAAAACCCAUUGACCACCCACAAGUGGCCCGAAAUGUACCAGGUGCGAUCCCGAAGCGGGCUCUUCACUUGGGGCCAAAACGGCCGAGGAAAGCUCGGUCUCAACGAAGCCCAUGUGCCCAGUGACCACAAGACACUUCGAGGCAUCUGCAGACCGACUCAGGUGAGCGGUCUGGGCUCCCUCGUGGUUUCGGACAUCUCGGCGGGAGGUUGGGGCUUUUUGCUACUUGAUAUCGAGGGCCAUGUCUACGGCAUUGGAAGUAUUUCCGACCGAGGAAGAGCUCCUUAUGUUCCUGGACGAGUCACCAACAAUCCCAAUACCUACCCCUUCAGAAACCCUCGAGGAGCUGGUCUAUUCGGAGGAAGAGGGCCGUUCCCUUUUCGAGUUGGAGGUCUGAUUCGUCCCGACAUUCCUCCUGUCACCAACAAUGAUGCUCAACCCACUCCCCCUCCUCAGCCUGGUUCUCGACCUGCUCCUCCUGCAACCACAGGAAUGUACGGAGGAGAUAACAGCGACCCUCAAACAGACGCUCCUCCUCUUGGGCAUGGAAUUGGACCCGCUGUGCCACCCAGAACCACUGCUGAGUCAGAUGCCAUCAUGACUGCUUCGAGAGACGCUGCUCAGAAUGACAAAAAAACCAACGAGGGCCCUUCCGAGGAAGAUGUCCGAAAGCACUGGCUACUCAAGUUCCCCGACGACAAGCACCCCAAGGUGGUGGCUAUCUCUGCUGGUCGAUCUCGAGCUCUGGCUCUGGACGAAGAAAAUAACAUCUGGCAGUGGGACAAGACGUUCUACGACCAGGCUGCCCGCCUUGAGUUCUCGUUCGGAGACAAGCGCAUUCUCAAGAUCACCGGAGGCUGGGAAAAGGCCGCUGCUGUUGUUGAGGAUGUCGGUCUGGUUGUGUGGGACGGAAUCAGUCUGACCAACGUGGCUGCUGUUCGACCCGUGGAACAUGAGACUGUUCCCAACACCAAACUCACCGGUGAUGGGGAGAUUGUCGAUGUUGCUGUUGGUCGAGACGCCAUUGUUUACCUUGACAGAAAGGGAGAUGCGUACACUAUCGACAUCCACAAGCUUGCCAGUGGACCUGUUCGUCUGGAUGGGUUCAUGAACAAGCUCAAGCUGUCCGACUGGAAGGUCGAUGCCAAGUUCACCAAGCUUACCGGUAACUUGACCCAUUUCAUUUUCAUUUCUGACCGAGACGAUGUGUACUUGACUCCUCCCGAUACUACUCUCACAGCUGGUACAGAGCCUUCCAUCAUCCCUGAGCUCCAGAAGAAGGGAUGUAUUUCUGUGGCUGCUGGAGAUCGCCACUUUCUGGCACUCAUGAAGGGAGGCAAGAUUCUGUCUUGGGGAUGUGAGUCUCAGGGCUGUGGAGAUCUUGGUCUCGGACAGGCUCAGGAGUUGAUCAAGAACGAUGGAGCCUCUGAGCGAGGCAUGGAUCUUGUGCUUUCCAAGCCUACCCAGAUCCGUAUGGAGGGCCAUGCUCUUGCCAUUGCUGCAGGAGGCUGGCAGAGUGCUGCCAUCAUCACCACCGAUGACAUUGAGCACGAUGAGAAGCAGUAG